AGUGAGCUUACAGCGAAUAGAAGGGGAACUGGAGACUGUAGAGUGUCCAUGGUGGUCCCGAGCACCUUUUUAAUACCGACCACUUCAGUAUCACCCGGAAGCUUUGAACUUUCCCACGUUAACGGCCUGUUUCUGGGGUUGAUAAGUGCCUCGAUAAAGUUCGUCCGAGCAGAGGAAUCAUCUUUGCCCUCAAUCUCGGCCUCUUCAUCCCCAUCCUCGACGCCCAGUCCCUUAGUGGCCACAACUCUCGGUAAUUUGUUCCGUCAAGCUCGUUCCGAGCAUUAUUACACGGCGAGAUACGGUUCUGAUGGUUCUUCAGUUUCUUCUGGUGCCAUCGGAGUCAGGGCUGAGCCCGAGCACCGAGAUGCUGCUUACUAUGAGCAACGUUGCAUUACGUGUGAUUCCAAUAAAUCACCGCCUGCUUACAGAGGAGACAGGUAUGACGACUACUACGACCGCGAGCGCGGAUAUGAUUAUGAGAGACCCCGGGCUCCUGCAAUGGCUCUGGACUACGAUCGCAAGCCCGCAUAUGAUUACGACAGACCGAAAAUGCCGUACGAUUACGACAGAGAGCCCUACAGGCCUGAACCCGCUCGACCGCUGCCCUACCACACCCGGUACGAUAUGCUCAUGGGACGAGACCGACCCUACGACAUGAGAUACGACCGCAACUACGAUCGGUUUGCGGACCGCGGGAAUGGCUACGACAACUUGGAUCAACGCCAUACUGGCUAUCAAUACGAGCCGCAUGACAGACGUCCCAGUGACGAGCCUCCUCGAUACGAUCGCUACAACCGUUAUCAGCCCAAUCGUGGGUACGAAAAUGAGAACUGGGACCCGUACGAAAGAAACUACCGCAGACGUCCGUACUACGAUGAUCGAUACGACUGGUACGAUAGACAUCCUGGCCGAGGUGGUCUCGACUCUCGAGGACACUACUCGUCGAGCACUUGGGGACCUGGAUAUGAUAGAGGGUACGCCAGUGCCUGGAACUAUAUGGGACACAGAGACACUUGGAGGACCCCUGGACGAGAUCGCGACACUGGAGACAAUUGGAAAGACUUGAACCCUCGAGAGCGAGAACCAGGGUCUUAUCGACCGCGAGAUUAUUUUUACGACAGCACAGUGCCGCCGGGCGGGAUGAGAGGGACCAGCUAUCUGUAUGAUCGGGCUGAAUCUUCGACCAAACCCGACUCGACCGAACGUGACAAGCCAACCAGCUCGCCCCAGGCCCAAGAUAAUAAUAAAGCCUACAAGGAUUAA